UUCACAAAGUCUGUUUUUAUAAAGUCUGACCCUACAAACAGAUGGAAGAUCACUGGAAUAAAAUCACACACUAACAACUUCUUCUGAUCCAAAGGCGGCUCUAUAAUGGCUGCGACCAUCACUGAAGCCAGCCAACAACGGGAACAUCUGUUCAAGGCAAAGUGGGAGUGUGAGAAACGGAUUAACGAGUCCAUGAGAAACCCUCCGACCCCGGGAGACGACAACUCGACCACGCCCUACUGUGAGACGGUCUGGGACAACGUCCUCUGCUGGAACGCUUCACAGGCUAACACCACCCAGAGGCAGCCCUGCCCGGACUACAUUCAUGACUUUAAUCCCGCGGAAAUGGCUGUCCGGCACUGUACCCCUAAUGGCACCUGGUUCUACAACCACCAGUACAGGAAGGACUGGACCAACUACACGGCGUGUACACAAUCAAACAACAUGGUAUUUCACACGGAACACGGCAACAGGUUGAAGUUGAUCUCAACGGUCGGGUAUGGCAUCAGUCUCUGCUCUCUGGUGUUGGCUGUCGUCAUCAUGUGCUGUUCUAGACGGCUCAAGUCAAAAAGCAACAACCUUCACGUCAACCUGUUCCUGGCUUUCAUCCUGAGGGCUAGUAUCUCGUUCAUCAGGAGUUUGCUCUUUAUCCAGGACCUUGGUCUGGAGAAGGACAUCAGGCGACUGGCCAAUGGUCAGGUUAUAUUUAACCACGAGGGGUCGCAUUGGGAGUGUCGUCUGCUCCAGACAGUGUUCAUGUACGCCAUCACUGCCAGCCAGAUGUGGAUCUUUGUUGAGGGCCUGUACCUCCACAUGUUGAUUUACCGUACCCUCAGUACAGAGAGGAAUGGCGUCAAGCUAUACGUGGCUCUGGGUUGGACGUUACCUUUGAUUCUCGUCAUUCCAUGGAUCAUUUUAAAGGCAGUUGCUGACAACAAUAUCUGCUGGAACCUGAAUGCCAAACCUGGAUAUUUGUGGGUUACACAGGGACCGAUGUUGGCAACAAAUAUACUCAACUUUUUCUUUUUCCUGAACAUUCUGCGCGUGCUGUGCACACGUGUAAGGUCAAGUCAACGACACAUGGGGCGAGCUAAGUACAGACAGCUGGCUAAGUUUAUCCUUGUCUUGAUACCGCUGUUCGGCGUCUUCUACAUCGCCGUCAACUUCGCUUUCCCCCUGGGGUACCGGGAUCGCUUCGUGCUCAUGCCCAUGUAUGUGGAGCAGACGUACAACGCUUUCCAGGGAUUCGUCCUGGCUCUGUUAUUUUGUUUCCUCAAUGAGGAGGUCCACAGCGAGAUCAAGAACAUCUGGUUCCGUCGCCGGAUCCGUCGCCGGGACAGCGUGGCCACCCGCUCAUUCGUCCUCUCCUCCUUCAAGAGGAGCUCCUACCACCACCGCUCCUCCCUCAACAACACCCAGCCCUCCCGCAUCUCCAGCCGGCUCUCCGGCUCUGAAAGUUUCGACACCAAACAGGAGCCGUGGGCCGUCCGGCUGAAAGACCGGUUCCUCCGGUUUCUCGGGAUCGCGCAGAGCAAAGACCGGAGCAUCGUGCGGGCGCCGACGCCGCCGUUUAUCGUCCGGCACAACUGUAACAUGGAGACGCCGCCUAUGACGGUGGAGGACCUGGAGCUGAAGCUCAAGCUCCGAGAAAACAAGAGACUUGACGAGGAUGAUCUGGUGUCGUCUGGCUGAUAACUCCCCGCCACUAACUCUAUAGAUCGAUACAGAAAGGAAAUUAAAAUCUUGUUUGAAUCCGAUUUUGAAAAAACCCAACACAUCCACUAUUUGAACGGGAGUUUUUUAUACUACUGAAAAAAUGUUCCUAAAAUAAACGAUAAUGUAUCAAAUAAAGACAGUUCAUCAAUACACCAAAAGCCAUUAUCAGCUUUUAGGUUUAAGCACAGCUCUCUCUAACAAAAUUAUAUAAGCUUUUACUUCUGAUACAAUUCAAGAAGCUAUGAUAUCGUUACAUUCUGAAGUCCGUACAUUUUAUACAAGUAUAUUUUAAAUGUAGUACUAUUUAACGUAAGUACAUUUUAAAUACAGUACUUGAUAAUGUAAGUACCUUUUCAAUACUGCACAUUAUACCGAAAAUACUUUUAUCAGUGACAAUGUGAUAUUUGACAACGUAUUAGAUCAUACAGCUUUUUGUUUUACCAAAGAUACACUGUGUUUAUAUUAAAUCAAGAUUGAAUUAAACAAUACUAUCUUACUUGAGUAAGACUUUAUAGGAUGCGCUUUGCUAAAGUUGAACUAACUGCUGGAAAUAUUGACAAAUCGCUGGGAUUCGAACCCACCAUCUACAGCGCUAAAAUUUGCCACCCUAGUUACGUGUUUACUACACCAAACCUUCACGCCAAAGAAUUCAAAGACGCAAUAUAGCCGUCUGCUGAACGUUUGACACCUUCAACGAGAAUGUGUUUUUUUUUUAAGGAUAGAGCAACUGUGUCCUAUGUGACUUUGUGAAUAGAUACAACAUUUGUUUACCUAUGUGACUUCGUGAAGAGGUAUAACAAUUGUUUACCUAUGUGACUCUGUGAAGAUGUAUAACAAUUGUUUACUUCUCUUACGUACGCGCUAAAGUGACCAGCCCGCUGUGUGAUCGGUGCUACUAUCUACCCGACAUACCAUUUUUUUCCGAGGAACAACCAGACACUUAACCAUUUUAUUAUAUGUUGCUGUCUAUCAUCGCUAUUUUUAUUGCUGUUUUAUAUCUUAUUUGUGAACAAACUAUAAUGGUCCGGUUGAUCAAAACGGCAAUAAAAAAUCAUUAUGAUAGAAUAAACAACCUGGUGAAAGAGAUAAACAGGGCAAACACAUCAAUAUGAUUAAGUCAAUCAAUGGAAAUCGUUAUAUGUAUUCGUUCUAUAUAAUUUCAAAGUUUAUUAGAUCAAAUUGAUCAAAUAUAUUGAUUUUUGUUCAAAUCGAUCACAGAUCAAAGAGAUCACAACACAUUCAUGGACAAGAUGUUGACAAUCCACACAUCACACAACACAUCACACAACACAUCACACAACACAUCACACAACUCAUCACUCAACACAUCACACAACACACAACACAUCAUGGACAAGUAGAUGUUGACACUCCACACAUCACACAACACAUCACACAACACAUCACACAACACAGCAUGGACAAGUAGAUGUUGACAAUCCACACAUCACAUCACAAAACACAUCAUGGACAAGAUGUUGACACAUUACACAUCACACAACUCAUCAUGGACACGAUGUUGACACUACAAACUUGACACAUCUUGGACAAGAUGUUGACACACUACACAUCACAAUACAUCAUUGAAAAGAUGUUCACAACAAAAAUGACACAUCAUGGACAAGAUGUUAAAACUACACUACACACAUCACAAUACAUCACCAACACAUCAUCGACAAGAUGUUGACACUCCACACAUCACACAACACAUCACCCAACACACCAUGUACACAAUAUUGACACACUACACAACACAUCAUGUACACGAUGUUGACACUCCACACAUCAUACAACACAUCAGCCAACACAUCACACAAUAUGGACAAGAUGUUGACACAGUACUCAUCACACAACACAUCACACAACACAUCACUCCACACAUCACACAACACAUUAUACAACACAUCACACAACACAUCAGU